AUGGCGUCCGAAGGGUGCAAGCAUCGCGUUCCCAUUCCGGUGCUCAUUUUUUUCUUCGGCGAAGUCGGUCAGUGCAGAGUGCUGCGCAUCGUGUUUGGCUUCGUCUUUGGACUCUUCAUGGGCUACUUCUUCUACUUGGGCAUCGUGCGAGAACUGUUCACCACAGAACUGACGCUUCGCUGCAUGGGAACUGCCGUAAUACUGCUCACUGGCGCCGGCUACGCGUUGUCUGCAAAGGCCCGCGCGAUUACGUGGCUCCUGGUACCGUUUCUUUGCGGCCGAGCGGGCCGGUCGGCUCUGGUCACCGCUAGCGUCUCGCUCAUUCUGAGAGGUCCGAUCGAGAGUAUGAUGACCAACAGCAAGGAGCAGGCGAAAGUCAUUCACAACGAAACUGCGGCCAUCGACGAAGAAGUCAAACCAAUUGAGAAAGAGGUGUCUGGAGACGUGCGUGAAGAGAGGGCGCUCGAAGCGGACGCCGAGUACGUGGACAAGGUAUCCGACAACGAUCCACGCUCGAAGUUGGUGAGAGAGAAAUACCAGGAGCUCAAGAAGGAGCUCCAGAGCGAUGACCAGUUCGAGGCCGACUACGCCAAGAAGCUAGAGCUGCGAUGCGAAGGCAUUUUCUCACAAGGAGUCAGGGCUUGCCGGAAUGCGUUCAAGUCGGCCGAGACGCGCUGUUUCGAGGCUCUGUCUAUCCUUGGCUACCUGUUCUGCUGGCCGAUGAAGCUGACUCUCCUGUGUCACGUUGUGAGCACCUUCCUUGGCAAAAGAACCUGUGACGGCCUGGAACCCAUCAACGCGGGUUUCGGCCAGAGCAUCUCCGCCAUGGAGGCCGUCAAACGGGAAUUCGAUGCCAACUUUAAGGUCAACGUGCAGUACAAGCUGAUAACUCCUGAGGAUGCGAUCAACGUCAUCAGUCCAGAAGACCUGGCCAAGGGCGUCCAGGCCGAGUUUGAAAAUCGACACAAAGCCAUUCCUCUUAUUGCCGUUGCUCUGAGUCGACUAUUCGCCGUCGUUCUUCUUUCGGCCGUCUUAGAGGCCAAGGGCUACGUUGAUAGUUACCUGGGAGACAUGGCAUUCGACAACAUAUACGUUACCGAAUAUUUCUGCAAGAUCGACGUCAGGCGAGAACGAAAGGGUCUGAGCACGCUUCUGCCACUCAAAAGAUACGAAGCCAUAGACAUAUACGACCCACUGGAGUUCCGGUUCUCACGCAGGGAAACAACAGUUCUGAUGCGUGCGGUCGCCUCUGAGCUGGUGCACGUGGUCUUCGGCAGCAUCAUGCUGGGCCUGGACUACCUCAUAUACGAUGUCCUGGACAUAAUACGACGCAACGCCGACGUGGAGUUCAUUCAGGAAGGCUACCAUCGAAUCGCCCUGCAAGUGUUCGGAACGGGUGCUGUGAGUAACCUGGUGCGCAAAAUUUUCAAAGACUUCGACAUCGAAGAGAAGCUUGAGCGCAUUGCCAGCAACGCGCACUGCUUGCCGAACCCCGUGAGGACAUCUCGCUGGCUGAUCCUCAAGGUCUACCUUGUCUACGCUUCCCUUGUUGGACUCGUGUUCGCGCAGCUGUUCGCAACGAGGAUGCGGAGAGCAGUGUGCGCCUACUUUUUCGACAAGCGCGAGAAAAAACGUGUUCUGCACCUCUAUAACAAAAUGCUGAAGCAGAGGGCAGGUUACCUGCGGUACGUGCGCCACCGGAUCAGGAAGCUUGUGCGAGACCGGGAGUUCGACUGCCUGUAA